UUUUUUUUUUUUCUUUUUUUUUUUUUUCUUUUCAAUACUGGUUUAUUUAUUAUUUUAUAAUGAAUUUUAAAGAUUUACAAUUCUCUAUUGGUAGACUUACUACUGAUAUGCGUAGUCAACUGGCGCGUAAUAAUCCUCUUCAAAAACAAGACACUAAAGCUUUAUCUAUGUGGAUAUUCAACGAACGAAAUAACUUGGCCACCAUGCGUACCUUGAACUACCAACAGUCUGAAACAAACAAGGUCUUUCAACAAUGGACAAAAGAAGAACUUUUGAAUGACAAGGCAGAAAAUGGUCGUGAUAUUGAAGAUAUUGGUGAUAAACUUGUGAAACUAUUAGAAAAACAAGUAGAAAUUGAACAACAAUAUGCAGCAAAAUACCAACAAUACCGUCAUGCUAUUAAAUCCAUCCGAGAUCGUGAAGAUCGAUUAUCUGAUAUUCGUGAGAAGAAACGUACUCUAUCCAGUCGAAUCGCCAAUCUGACAAAAACGAGUCCAAAAUCACCCAAAUUACGAGAACUUAAGAAGGAACUGGCUUCUCUGGAUCGCGAUACCCACGACACUGAAUUAGAAAUGGGGGAUUUCAAACGAUUUGCUCUUAAGGAAGCCUUUUAUUUACGUUUCAAUGCUAUGAAUGAAUAUGCUGAAAAGACUGCUAUGAUUGCUGGUUUUGGGAAAUACAUUGUUGAUUUAUUGGAUAUUACACCUACUCCGGCCUCUGAACCAACUCGUCGUACAUAUGAUAAGGGCAAGGAAGUCGCAAUGAUUUUUGCAGAUGCUAUCAACGCAAUCGAAGCUUGGGAACCACAUGAAGGAGAUGAACGACCUACCAUUGCUGCCAACACUAUUCAACAUCAUGAUAUUGACAAUGGUCAAACUGAAAAAGAUGAAACUCCAAGCAACAAUCCGACAAAUAAUGAUGAUGAUGAUGAUGAUGAUGAUGAUAAAGGAAAAGGAAAAGGAAAGGAACCUUUGCCGGAUCAAGUAAAGGAAGAUGAUAACAAAGACGAUACUACUGCUCCCAAAUUGCCACCACGAUCACCUUUGCCUGUUCAACAAUCCACUGCUAUUCCAGCCGGUUAUACAACAGAUGCCAUUGCUUCAGUUACAAGUGAUCACAAGUCGCAAGAUAUUCAAGAAAAUCUCGAAGAAUUGGAUUUGUACGAUGUACCUCCUCCUGCAUAUCAAGCUAGUCAAGAAGAUGAAAACUCCUCUCCACGCAAUUCGGAUGAACCUCAAGGAAUAACUAAAACUUCACCUUCGUUACCUCCAGCACCAGCGGUUUCUCAUGCCCGACCUAUAGCUCAUGAAGAUAAAGAACAAGUGGAAGAGGAUGGUUUCCAAUCACCCUAUCAAGGUCAUACCGCGGUAUCGACACCUCAAUCUACUUAUUAUCAGCAAUCACCUUUACCUAUGCAUCCAUCACCUCAGCCAUCGAAUCAUCCAUCACAUUACCAACAUCAUCCACCUCAUCAUAAUUCCACCAUGUUAUCUACUACAAGCUAUGAUUCAUCUAUGAAUUGGAACGUACCCAUUGGAGCCUAUGGAGGAGUGGCACCUGUAUAUCAUCACGGACAAUACCAACAACUUUAUGAUCAAUUGACACAAAGACAACAGGAUGGACCAGCACAACGACCUUAUUCUGAAUUCCAACAACAAUAUAUUCGCCGCCAAGAUGUAGGUGGUUUUCGUAUUCCCACAAGCUCUCCCUCUCGCCCGUUGACUGCUGAUGAAGAAAAACGACAAUUGGCCGAACGUUAUGCUCUAGAGGAAACCCAGGCUCGAAAGGCAUCUCUUCAAACAUUACAUCAAGAACAAAAACCUUUACCCGCUGUGUCAUCUUCCAAUAGCUCUGCCUCCAAAAAAUCAGUGAUUGUGCCUGAAGGGGAUGAUCAUGGUUACAAGCCAAACAAACGACAAUAAUAUAGUGAUACAAAUAGCCUUUAUAUAUUAUCCCAAUCUAUUUGUUUGUAUUUUUUUUAUUUAUUUAUGAUGAAAUUGAAAUAAACAGACGCUUUUUUUUUUUUUUGUAUUGUAUUC